AUGUCUGAAGCAACGCCCAUUGGUACCCCACUUCCGACUAAUCACGGGAUUACUCUGGACUUGAAGGGUGAAAGUGUCAACUCUUCUUAUUAUCGCGCUAUGACCGGAUCACUCAUGUAUCUCAUAGCAUCGAGGCCUAACAUCAUGUAUCCAACGUGCCUGCUUGCAAGAUAUCAAGCUAACCCUAAAGCAUCUCAUCUUGGAGCUGUUAAGAGGAUUUUCCGCUAUCUGAAGGGAUGCCCGGACACCGGUCUCUGGUACCCUAAGGAUGAUAGUCUUGACUUGGUUGCUUUUAGUGAUUCAGAUUUCGGCGGAUGCAAAAUAGAUGGCAAAUCCACAACGGCUGGAUGUCAAUUCUUGGGAAGUCGCUUAGUCACGUGGCAGUGCAAGGAGCAAACUUGUGUCGCUACAUCAACUUGUGAAGCUGAAUACAUUGCUGCCGCAAGUUGUUGCUCUCAAGUUCUAUGGAUUCAGCAACAAAUGCGCGACUAG